CACAAAAUAGCAAUUUCCAUCUGAAGAAGAUUCAAACAUAUCAAUGGAUUUGGAAUGGAUUUCAUGAAUAUGUCCACAAUAUGUUUCCUAUUUGAAAUCGUUUCGCAAUUUUUUGUAUAAAUCGUUUCAAAAUCACUGCCUCGUCUCUCUUAACUUUUUUAUUUUUCUCCUGUGUUGAAACCCUAAUUGCAGCUUAUUUUGAUCGUACGUUCUGCUUGUAUGAAUUGGCAUUGCUGUUUCUGUGCAUGCAUAAUCGGAGGCUGUGUGAUUAGUUAUACAUAGGAUUAGUUGGUGUGUGCGUGUGGAUUGCUGCAUAAUGGAGGAGUCUGUUCCGGCGCCGACCGUGAUCAUGGAUAGGGUGCGGCAGUGGAAGGAUGUGGGCGAGAGUGUGGUUAAGGGUUUAGUGGAUUGCUUCUCGGAUAUUGAAUCUCGCGAGGAGAAUUUGAGGUCGGUGUUGGCGGAUUUGAAUGAGAAGGAGAGGGCGUUGAGGUUGAGGGAGGAUGAGUUGAGAUUGGGGAAAGAAGAGUUGGAUGGGAAGCAGAGGUUGGUUGAUGUGCAUAUCGUGGAAUUGGAGGUGUCGCGGGGUGAGGUUGAUGCUCUGCGGGUGAAGGAGGCCGAGGGGUUGAAGGAGAUUGAGGAGAGGGGAAGGGAAUUGGAGAAGAGAUCAGGGGAAUUGGUGAAGCGAUUGGGGGAUUUUGAGAGGAGGGAGAAGGAAUAUGAUGCGUUUUGUGAUGGAAAAUUGAGAGAGCUAGCUUCGAAAGAGGAGGUUUUUCGGAAGGAGAAGGCGAAGUUGGUUGAAAAGCUUAGGUUAGCAAGUGAGAAGCUUGAGGAGAAACAGAAGUUGGAGCAUGGGUUUAUUCAGAAGUUGGAGAUGACAGUUGAAACACUAAGUGGAGUUAAGGUGGUUAUGGAUGACAAGUUUAAGGAGAUUGAGUCAAGGGAGGAGGAGGCCCAUGCAUCUCUGACCACAAGGUUGAACGAGGCCGACUUAAUCGGAGAAUCAUUGGAGAAAAGGUUCAAAGAGCUUGAGGGUUUUGAGAAAGAGCUUAAUUUGUCUCAAGAAGAUAGACCAAAAGAGAUGGAAUCAGAAGAGGGGAAAGAAACUAAGCAGCAGACCUCGGAGCUUCAAAAUAAGCCUGAAGAAAAGAAACAAGAGCUUGGUUUGAUUGCUUGUAAAAAGGAAAAUGACAGCAAAGAGCAACGCUCUAUGGAAAAGAGUUUGAGUUGUGUAAGAGAAUCUGCACAAACUUGUGCAGAGGAAAAUCUUGCAUUAAGCGAGCUAGUUGCAGAUAAAGGGGUUCAUUUUGAAGAACAAGGACUGAAACAACCAAUUGUAAUUGAUACCACUGAUGCUUGUUUAACAGCUAAACAAGAUGAAUCUGUAGACUCAAAACAUGCACUGCACAAGAAGGUUUUGGUAACGAUUAUUAGUUGUAAUGGGGAAGACUUGGAACUCAUGAAUCCAAACAUUCAUAGAGUCCUUUCACUAUCUUCUGAUCCAGCAAAGCUAGUUUUAGAAGCACUGGAAGGGAUUGAUGAUACCAGUUUGGGGAUACUUGAUAAGGACAGGAGAGCCACAAUCAUUCUGUUAGAUUUAUUAACCAAACUGUCGCCUAAGAUCUGUGAUAGUGUUAUUCACGCAGCAAUUAAACUAGCACUCACACUUUUACGGAAAUUGAAAACAAGUAUUAGUGUUGAAAGUUCGACAGAGGCAUUGGCAUUCUUGCAUCUCUUGACGGCAUAUGGUAUAUCUGAUUUUUUUGACAGAAAUGAGUUAUUCAGUUUUCUAAAGUUGGCUGAUAAACAUAAACAUACGCCAGACUUGUGUCGCACCUUCGGUUUCACAGAGAAAAUUCCUGAUUAUAUCAAGGAAUUAAUAGAUGAGAAGCGGUUUCUUCUUGCGAGCACCUACAUUCAUGAGUAUCAGCUUCAGAAAAUGUUCCCACAAGCAGCUGUCCUCAAUUCUUAUGCAACACAUUUCAAGUUAGCAGCAAAGGCACAAUGUAAAAAGGGACACAACACUUCUGCAGCAAAGGACAAGGGGAAGGAAACUGAGAUUGCUGCUCUAAGUCUUGCAAUCGAGCAUAUUGUCAAGUACGGGCUUGAAUCUGACUACUCCCCGAAGGCCCUCACAGCAAGAAUAAAGCAAUUGGAAGCGCCUCAAGCCGGUUCUAAAAGCAGAAAGGGAAAUCCACCAGCACCCUCUAAAAUAAAAAAAGAGGGUGUAUGCUAUGGACCCCAACAGCUAAGUAAGAAGGCACGACGAAAACGUCGUCGGGAGGCUGAAAAAGCUGCAGCUGAUCAAAAAACUGCUGCCGAAACAUCUGCUGCUGAAAAAACUGCUGCCAGCCCCCUAAAUCCUCAAAUGGCGCCUAGCCCUGGUUCAAAUAAUGGGCCAUCCCCUGUCUGCAUACAGCCUCCUCAAGCCGAAAAAUCUGCUGCCGGCCCCCUAAAUCCUCAAAUGGCGCCUUGCCGUGGUUCAAACAAUGGGCCUUCCACUGUCUGCAGGCAGCCUACUCAAGCCAAAAAAUCUUCUGCCGGCCCCCCAAAUCCUCAAAUGGCUCCUUGCCGUCGUUCAAAUAAUCGGCCAUCCCCUGGCUACAGACAGCCUCCUCAACAUCAGUCGAUCAAUCCGAGAAUAUAUCCAGCUGUUCCUGUGUAUCCCUGGGGUCCUGUAAAUUUGGUUCCGAUGCCCCAAUUCCCCGGUCCUCCUCACAAAAGACAUCGGGCGAACACCUGGGGUGAAGAGGGUGGAUCACAUGUAGGGCAGUUUUCUAACCAAUAUUGAUGGAUCAAUCAAUCCUCUUCUAACUUAUUGGAACUGGUAAAUGAGUUGCUCUCUCCAAUAUCUUUCUAGUCUCACUUCCCAAGCACAUGCCAAUGCUAACUUUUUUUUAGAAUGCUAGCUUUGUUAUUUUAAUGAAGGGAAAGUAACGAGUCAAUUCGGAACUGUCGAAUAUUACACUUUUAACGGUUACGGAUUUUGAUUUUUGUUGGUGAA